CAUGUUCGAGACUUCACUCAUGAUUAGGCUGUAUUACUCCCGGCGUUUCAAUGUCCUGCAGUAUGAGUAUGCGGCAACGAUGGCCUGAGUGGGAUGUUUGUGCAUUGAAGACUACGCAUUCACGCAUCACCAAACAAUGAUGCAGUUGCCAAUGUACAUGCCGCUUGUUCCUUUGUUGCAGGCGUGUUUGUUGCAAGGCAAUCAGAUUGCAAUAGAUAUAUAGAUGUUGUAAUGUCUGGCCGUGAUCUCGUGGAUGUCCCAUAUCGUAUGAUCGUUCCAAAAUCAUUGACCAUGCCGUGUAUCUUGCGAUCAGCACACAACUCCUCAUACUUCUCCCAACGCAACACCCUCAAUCCUACCCUGCUUCGUCGCAACAGCGCAGACGGAAGCGCCGAGCCCGCAUUAAUUAUCAUUCUUGUUGCAAUCGGAGCCUCGCUCGCCGUCAGUGUCCUCUGGUGUUACCUCAAGAACUAUACCGCCGUGCCAUAUGGACGCCAAUUGCCGGGUGUGAGAACGCGAGCAAGACAUGCGAAAAGUUGCCAGCCACCAUGCUAUCGACCAGUUCGUGUUCGUGGGCUGGUGCGGGCUUCAGACAAACAGUCCAAUGGCCGCCACGCGACUUCCACAUACGUCAAUGCCCCCAAGAGGGCUCGCGCUCCGCCACUGCCAGCUCCGCCGUCUGAGCCGCGAUCGGAUUCCAGGUGGGGGCCACCAUCUCCACCACCAAGCUCACCAUGGCAGCUAAAUCGACCGCCACCAUCUCCGGCUCAAGCAUGGCGAGCGACACUACCAACAGCAACGACGAUUUCGACAGCGCCAACAGCCAGAGCACCGCCGACAGCAGCAACAAUUUCGACAGCACCGACAGCCAGAACAACAUUCACCAGAGCACCAUCGGCCAGCAUCUCAAGAACAGCGUCAACGGCACCUUCGACUCGCCCGCCGACGCGCGCUCCACCAUUCAUCGGAUCAGAUCAAUCCUACCAUACCGCUCCGGAGGUCGUGGUAAGGCAGCCGAGCAACGCAAGAAGAAGCUCUCGUACCGCGCCCACAGUCCCACGGCAAGCAGCACGCGACCCCAGAGCGAAUCAACAGCAACGCGUCGCCGAUUGGGUGGCUGCACAUGCCCCAAGCAGUAAUCCAGGGAAAUUCCACACCGAGGUGGUGAGGCCGGAUGCAGAGGCUUCCAGUGCGGGCCGGGAAGGAAGAGAGGGAAGGAAACGAGUGAGGUUUGAGAGUCCGGAGAGGGGGAGGUAUUAUUGGAGGAGGGUGGUGAGAUGAGGUGAGGUCAAGGAGAUGAGAGAAUGACUUACUUAAUCCUUGACAUGGUUGUUCGUGUCGCGAGCUUCUAAGCCAGAAGCAGCACACGCAGCGUGUGUGUAAGCUGAUGGUACCUAUGCUGACGAGACUCUGGGGAUGUAUCAAUGGUGGUAUGUGCAAGAAUGAAUGUCGGGUAAAGCAAGCAUGGAAGGCAG